AUGAGCUCUUCCGAGGAAGAUGUUCCCCUCGUGCGCGCAAAUGGCCGCGCCAAUCCUACUCCACCCUUGGUUAAGUCGAACGGAAAGUCCCCAAUAAACGGUGAUCUUGACCCCGGCGUGUCCGUACGGUUCGGCGCCGUGCAAGACGACGACGUGAAGAUGGGGGAUGCACAUGGGGAUGCACAUAGCGUGAGCAAGCGCAAGUCCCGGGCCAGUAUCGACCAGAAGAAGUCAUAUGCGGAGCAGGAAAGCAGUGAUGAGGAUGAUCAACCAUUGAGCAAACGCCGACGAACUUCGGUAAAGCACGAGGAUCCCGAAACCGACGACGACGUUCCCUUGGCCCUUAACGGACGGAAGCUCCCAAAGGCCUCGGAAACAGCCAUUGGGGAGGAGUCUGACUCCGACGUUCCGAUUGAGAGGAAGCUUUCUGCCCAAAAGAAAAAGAUUGAGGCCAAGGCCAAGGCGGAUGCUCCAGCUGCGCGCAAAGCAGCAGCUUCGAAGAAGGAAGCCAAGUCUGCCACGACCAAGAAGCAAACCAAUGGCGUCAAGAAGGAACAGGUUGGCGACAAAUCUGCCCUCAAGAAGGCGAAGGCCGUCCCGGAUACCCUGAAGAAGGGCACGAGCAAGGUCAAAGCCGAGAGUGCGGAUGUCGACGAGAAAGACGAGGAUGAGGAAGAAUAUCGGUGGUGGGAUGAUCCGACGAAGGGCGACGGGACCAAGAAGUGGAUGACCCUGGAGCACAAUGGUGUGGUCUUCCCUCCGCCAUAUGAACCUCUCCCCAAGAACGUCAAGUUGAAGUAUGAUGGUGUUCCCGUUACACUGCACCCGGAGGCUGAAGAGGUUGCUGGAUUCUUCGGCAGCAUGCUCAACUCGACUCACAACGUGGAAAACCCUGUUUUCCAAAAGAACUUCUUCGCCGAUUUCAAGGACAUCCUCAAGAAAACUGGUGGUGCUAAGGACGCGCAGGGAAACAAAAUCGAAAUCAAGGAGUUUGCCAAGUGUGAUUUCAAGCCCAUCUUCGAAUUCUACGAUGCGCAGCGUGAAGAGAAGCGAAAUCUACCUGCGGCCGAGAAGAAGGCUAUCAAGGCCAAAAAGGACGAAGAUGAAGCUCCUUACCAGUUCUGCAUGUGGGAUGGCCGCAAGCAGAAAGUGGGCAACUUCCGUGUUGAACCCCCCUCCCUAUUCCGAGGCCGUGGCGAGCACCCAAAGACUGGUCAUGUCAAAACUCGGGUGCAGCCAGAACAGAUCACCAUCAACAUCGGAAAAGAGGCUACAGUGCCGCCCCCUCCCCCUGGCCAUAACUGGAAGGAGGUCAAGCAUGACCAGGAAGGCACUUGGCUUGCCAUGUGGCAGGAAAAUAUCAACGGCAACUAUAAAUAUGUUAUGCUUGCUGCGAAUUCCGAUGUCAAGGGGCAGAGUGACUUCAAGAAGUUCGAGAAGGCCCGAGAGCUCAAGAAAUACAUCGAUAAGAUUCGGAAGGAUUACCAGAAGAACCUCAAGAAUGAUCUGAUGGUGGAGCGUCAGAAGGCGACAGCUGUGUAUCUCAUUGAUCAGUUCGCCCUGCGUGCUGGUAAUGAGAAAGGUGAGGACGAGGCCGAGACUGUCGGCUGCUGCUCGCUGAAGUAUGAGAACAUUUCUCUCAAGCCGCCAAGCACGGUCGUCUUCGAUUUCUUGGGAAAAGAUUCCAUCCGGUUCUACGAUGAGGUCCAGGUUGACCCUCAGGUUUUCAAGAAUUUGAAAAUUUUCAAGAAGGCCCCCAAGAAAAACGGUGAUGAGGUGUUCGAUCGGCUGACGACCUCUGCCCUCAACAAGCAUUUGCAAAACUACAUGCCGGGUCUGACCGCCAAGGUUUUCCGUACCUACAACGCCUCUUUCACCAUGAGCAACUUGCUCCAGGAGAUGAAGGCGACGGGCACCAUUCCAGAAAAGGUCAAGGCCUAUAAUGAUGCGAACCGCAGGGUUGCCAUCUUGUGUAAUCAUAAGCGGACAGUCACGGCGGGUCAUGCCAAUGCGAUGGAGAAGAUGAGCGAACGGAUCAAGGGUCUUCGGUACCAAAAGUGGCGGUUGAAGAUGCAGAUGCUUGAUCUCGAGCCCAACCUCAAGAAGAAGAAGGGCGCUGCAUUCUUCGAACGGGACGAGGAUCUUGACAUGGAAUGGAUCAAGGAACACCAGACCUUCUUGAUCGAGGAGCAGACCCAGAAGAUCAAGAAGAAGUUCGAGAAAGAUAAUGAGAAGCGGGUUGCCGACGGCGAGAAGGAGAUGAAGGUUUCUGAGUUGAACGAGCGCCUGGAAGUUGUCAAAGAGAUGGAAAAGAAGUUCACCAAGGAAAACAAGUCCGGCAAGGUGGAGGCUGAGGGCCGAGGCCCAACAGUCGAGAAGCUCGAGGCUAACAUCACCAAGCUGGACCAUCGCAUUGACACGAUGUCUGUCCAAGCCCAAGAUAAAGAGGACAACAAGGAGGUCGCCCUGGGCACAUCGAAGAUCAACUACAUUGAUCCUCGCCUCACGGUCGUCUUCAGCAAGAAAUUUAACGUACCCAUUGAGAAGUUCUUCUCCAAGGCACUGCGCGAGAAGUUCGAGUGGGCCAUCAAGUCUGUCGACGAGGACUGGGAGUUCUAA